AUGCGUGACGCCUCGGCGGACCGGGUCCCCAGUCGCGACCAGAUUGCCGCCAGUCGCUUGACGUCGGCUCGAGUCCUGCUCAACGUGGGCGGCGAGUGCCACGAGGUGCUCUGGCACACGCUCGAGCGACUGCCCACCUCGCGACUCGGUCGACUGCGCUCGGCCGUCUCGCAUGAGCAGAUCAUUCGUCUCUGCGACGACUACAGCCUGGCCGGCAACGAGUACUUCUUCGACCGGCAUCCACGCUCCUUCGCCUGCAUCCUCAACAUGUACCGAACCGGCCGGCUGCACAUGGUCGACGAGAUGUGCGUCCUCGCCUUCCACGAGGACGUCAAGUACUGGGGCCUCAACGAGGCCCUCAUGGAGACCUGUUGCCAGCACCGCUACUUCCAGAAGAAGGAACAAGUGGAGGAGGAGAUGCGAAAAAUAGGCGAAGCCUGUCUCGACCGCACGAAAGAGGAGGAGUUCGGCCGCGACUCUUGCGCUCCCUACCGGAAACGUCUCUGGGAUCUGAUGGAGAAACCGCAGACUUCCAUGUCCGCCAGAGUGAGUCACAGUCUCUCUGUAUGCCUAUGCGUUGCCACACACACACACAAUCGGGUGAUUAAAUGA